AACCCAACCAAGACACCAAGCAAAUUUCACAAUGGCUUCCACUGCUCCUGUUGUCCGCCACGCCAGGCGCGAGGACGUCCCCGCCAUCCUCGGCCUCAUCCGUGAACUAGCCGACUACGAACACGCCCUCGACAGCGUCGAAGCCACCGAGGAAACCCUGGCGGCAACCAUCGCCUUCGCCCCUUCCGAACCCUCCGUCGUCUCCCCCAACCCUGAGACUGGCCUGCCCAUCACUGAACCCGUCUCGCCCGCCAAACCCGCCCGCUGCUUGGUGUUGACCGACCCCGACUCGGGAGUCGUCGUCGGCAUGGCGCUUUACUUUUACAACUACUCCACCUGGCGGGCACGCCCCGGUAUCUUCCUUGAGGAUCUGUAUGUCAAGCAGAGCGAGAGAAAGAAGGGGUAUGGCAAGCGGUUGUUGGUGGAGCUGGCGAAGGAGGUGGAGGCCAUGAAGGGAGGCAGGCUCGAGUGGAACGUGCUCAAGUGGAAUGAGCCGAGUAUCAAGUUCUAUGAGAGUGAGGCGAUUGGGGCGCAGAUGAUGAGUGAGUGGGUGGGUAUGAGAGUUGAUGGGGAGGGACUGCCCAAGUUGGCCAAGUUGUUGGAUUAGAUGGUAGGUUGAGGUUUGGGAAAAAAAAAUAAAAAUAUACCCAUAGUUGGAAAGGGUAUGUUGACGCC